AUGUCCUCUCAACACCGCACCCUCUUUGAAACUCCAGGCUGGAAUCUUGGGGAAGUAGUUGCCGAAAAGGGUAAAUCCAAGAAAUCACGUAAAAGAGAGAGACGUAUGUUAGAAACCGUUGAAAAAAUCAAGAAUAAUAUCGAAAAGCUGAAAACUGGAAAGGAACGCAUAGACAUAGGAAGCGGGGACGGAAACGAGGCCGAACAGAGGACAAACAAAAAAUUGAGAAAGACCAAUGAGAAGGGUGUUGUAGAAAAACAAAGCAAGGGCUCCAUUAAAGAUAACGGCAAGAGUGAGACUAGUGAAUCGAAGAAACCUCACGACUCGGAAAGACAGCUAUCGGAAGAAGUUGAAAAAAUUGUGAAUAGUUUCAAAGAGUUGAAAAACAGGAAAAAGCGCAUGGGAAUAGGAGGCGAGAGUGAGAUUGGGGCCGGACAGAGAGAAAACAAAAAAUCGAGGAAAAGGAAUAAGAAAGGUGUUGUAGAAAAACAUAGCGUGGUCUCGGCUGAAAGUGAAGACAAGAGCGAACUGGUAAAAGAUGCUGAUUCUGUUUAUGGACAUCUGCAGAUAAAGGAGCAAAUAACAGACAACGAUGCUAGUUCAAGUAAUAGUAAAGUUGCAACAUCAGAAUCCAAAAAGAGAAAAAAGAUACAGAAAGGCAAACCACCCAACCAGGAAUUGUUCAAUGGCUCGGAUGCCAACAUUCAAAAGCACCAUCAUAUAUCAACUACUCAGCAAGCUUCUUCUAUUCCUUCAGCUGUAUCUGCAAGCACUUCAAACAUACAAUCUAAAUCAUAUGCUGCUAAUUCAAAAAAAUCGCUAACGACCUCACGCUUUCGCUGGAUAAACGAAAAGCUAUACACGUCAACAAGUACAACAGCAUAUGAACUAUUUGCAUCAACUCCAUCACUGUUCGCCGAGUACCACGAGGGUUUCCGGUCAGCUGUGGAGGCAUGGCCGGUAAAUCCUGUCGACGUGAUGAUUGAGUAUUUGCAAAGCAAGCCAAAAGAUACUGUUGUGGCUGAUUUAGGAUGCGGAGAAGGAAAGAUAGCAGAAAAUGUUCAAUGUAAAGUCGUGUCAUUUGAUUUGAGCGGUGGUGAUAGGAUUGUUAAGUGCGAUAUCGGUAAGCUACCAAUGCCCGGUGAGCUUUUCGAUGUUGCAAUACUCUGUUUGUCGCUUAUGGGAACGAACUAUAUCGAUUUUAUCAGAGAAGCUUAUCGAAUAUUAAAAAAAGACGGGGAACUGAAAAUCGCAGAAGUGAUUAGUCGUUUUACGGAUAUUGACGCAUUUGUUGCAUUACUAAGUGAAGUUGGAUUCAGACUAGUUAGAAAGGAUGAUAAGAAUAAAAUGUUCAUCCAGUUUGAUUUCGUUAAAUCGAAACCAAUUGGUGCCAAAAAGUCAAAAUUAUCAGAUGCCUCAAAAUUAUUAAAGCCUUGUGUUUAUAAAAAACGAUAA